AUGGCAGAGCUCACAGUGGAGAAUGGCAGCUGUAUGGACUGGCAAAAGCGAUGCCUUGCACUGGAGUCCCAGCUCUUCAAAUUCCGCUUGCAGGCAAGCAAGAUCCGAGAGCUGUUAGCUGAGAAGAUGCAGGAAUUGGAACAGAGAGUGAUAGAAGCAGAGCAAAGAGCUGAAGAUGCAGAGAAACAGGUCAGAGUUAUGGAAGAGAAGAUAAAACUAGCCAAUGUGAAGACCAGUGAAUCAGAUAGCACUCUGCACAGGAAAUACCAGGAGCUGAUGGGCACAGUGCAAGGAAAGGAAGAUCUGAUCAACAAGUUGGAGACACAGCUAGCGAAACAGAAGCAAUUGAGGACUGAGGAAGCCAAAAUUGUUCAAGAGAAAGCUGCCAAGAUCAAAGAGUGGGUAACAUUUAAGCUAAGAGAGCUUGAGCUAGAAAAUUACCACCUGAAAAACUGUAAUCAGAGGCUGACGGACCAAAUUGAAGCCCUUCAGGAUACAUUGCAAGAUAUGACCAGCAUUCCUCCCUUUGAAUCUCUUUGGAGCUGUAAUUCUCUCAAGCCCAGAGCAUCACAGGCCUCUCUUGCUGAGAAAGUAGACCAGAAAUCUGUGCUCCUUGCACCUGGUUUCAGGCAGGUGUGUCAGACAGGGCCUACCAAACAUAUCCUCUCUACAGCAAAUGUAGUCCUUACCAAUGACACCUUCACUGAGGAUGGAGAGGACAAAACUCUGCUUUCCCAGAGCACGCUGCAGCUCGUGUCUGACCCAUCAAGCUGGAAUCCCUCCACAGAGAAAGAUGUAUCCCCAGCCAUAAGUUCUGAACAUAGGUUAGGGUGCUCUGAUCCCACAUCACUGGACCCUCCAGCUAAGGCCACAAGAAUCCUUGAGACUUUGACUUUCCAGUCAUCUUUGGAAGGAAACCGUAGCGCUGUGAGCACCUUGCAAGAAGUGGCUUUGGACUGCACCCGCUUCUCUGAUCUGAGUGCCAGGUUCCACUCCCACCGACUGGACUCCACUUCCUCAGGAGAAAUAAUGAGCGUGCUUGAGGGUCGUCUCCAAACUGCUGAGCCACCCCUUAUGGUGUCAACAUCAGCUGUUACAGCACAUUCCUUCUGUCCAGGGAGGGAAUGCAGCCUUGGCAGUAGUAUGACCUUUCCAAAAAUACGAACUGCCAAUACACCAAGAGACAGUAUCCAACUAGCCAAGAGACAUUACAGUCAACCACAGCCAGAGGGUAAUUCUUUCCAUCGUGUAAUGAGUUUAGAGGCUAGCACCUUCCAGCCCAUAACAGACUCUCCAGUCUGCCAUGGACAAGUGAAGGAAACAGACAUUGAUGAUGAUGGGGUACUGGAGCAGAUGGAGACAGAACGUGUCCUGGUGAGGGAAGACGCUGGAGCAUGUGAGGAAAUCAACCACUUAUCUGCAGGGCAAAGAGAAGCUGUGAGUUCCGAGACUGGCGUACUUGACCCAGGAGGCAAACCUCCCACACCACCGCUGCACAGGUUUCCAUCAUGGGAAAGUCGGAUCUAUGCUGUGGCCAAGUCUGGCAUGAGGAUGUCUGAAGAGGCCACAGUGAAUAAUAAUUCCAGCUUCUUUUCCAAUUUCUCGUGUUCAACUUCUGGGCCAUUUACCUGUCUCAUCUACAGAAACGUCACAGUGCCAGUCUACACUACGCUGAAGGGGAAAGCCACACAGAUCAGCAAUGUGCCUUUCUUAGAUGAGUCUUCUGGCUCUGAUGAUGACUGUGGCUCCCAUGCCAGCUUCAGGACUUCUACUGCUGGAUCUGAGAACAGGAAAGCUAGCACACCAGGCAGCCCUCGUGCAGUGAAGAGAGGUGUAUCCAUGUCCUCACUGAGCUCUGAGAGUGACUAUGCCAUCCCUCCUGAUGCCUACUCCUUGGAUGGUGACUAUUCAGAGCCAGAACAUAAGCUACAGCGAACAUCUUCCUAUUCCACUGAUGGUGGAGUCUGUGCUGAACCCAUGGAGAAAUCAGGUUACUUACUGAAAAUGGGCAGCCAGGUGAAGAUGUGGAAGAGACGGUGGUUUGUUCUAAGAAACAGACAAAUUAUGUACUACAAGUCUCCGAGUGACGUUAUCCGCAAACCACAAGGGCAGAUGGAGCUGAAUUCCUCGUGCCAAAUUGUUAGAGGUGAAGGGUCCCAAACGUUCCAGCUCAUGACAGAAAAGAGAACCUACUUCCUGACAGCAGACUCUCCCAACAUCCUGGAGGAAUGGAUUCAUGUCCUACAGAGUAUCCUGAGAGUGCAAGUGACUAGUCCUGUUGAUGUUCCUCAUAGUGAUACUAAACCUACUGUAAAAGGUUGGCUCACCAAGGUCAAGCAUGGUCACUCUAAGCUGGUCUGGUGUGCACUGAUUGGAAAAACUUUCUACUACUAUCGAAAUCAUGAAGAUAAG